AUGAUCGAACCAUACAUGAUCAAUGUGGGCGGCCACUUAUUCACUACACUCAAGUCUAUACUUGAACGGUCACCAUUCUUGAACGCAAUGCUCUCGAAUCAGUGGGCUGGGAGUACUUUAUUUCAACUCGAAGUGCUCACUACUUGGAUUCGAAACGAAGAGUCUAUCAAAACCAUUUUGAUCACCUCAUCUAUAGAUGUAAUACCACUGAGUGAAUGUGGUGAUGGAAAGUCGCAUCUGGGCAACACCGAACAAGAGUUCGAACCUGGGGCAGUAUCGACUGCAUUCAGAUCCGGCAAAUCUACCACUUACUGCAAACGACUCUUCCUGCGGAAGAGUAGGUUGCGACCUCCGGAAAUCCUCUAG